AUCCAAAACAAGCGCUUCUUUCGCCGGCAGUGACGUCACACCGCCUGGUCUGUGUUUGUUAUGUGUUCGCUUUUUUUCUGAGGCGUAACUGCUAACAGGCGUUUAGCUUCAUCCUCAAACAUGGUCUGAUUUCGCUGCGGGCAGUGUGGUGUGGAGGACCGAGAUGGCAGUGUGUGCACUGACCAUGUUGGAUGGGAUGGAGGCAGAGGUCACUGCAGCAGGUGGAAUGUUGCUCCUGUUCCUUGCCCUCAUCUUGGCUUGGCUCUCUACUCAUGUUGCUGACCGAGGAGACCACAUAUUGGGCACCAUCCUUACCGUUGGUGCACACGCCUCUCUCAUCGGGCUGGGGGGCAAUGACAAUUACAGCGGAGGGGCCCAGAGUCCCGACACCUCCGAACAACAAGUUCCUGCACCUCCACAAGAAAACAAGUCGGAUGAGGGUGAGCCGGCGAGUGAGAGAGGAGAGGGGGAGGAUGCGGAAGGACUGAGGAUGGAUCUGCUGCUGGACAUUCAGAGCAAACAACCACAAGCCGCGGGACUGCUUAAUUCUGAUGAAGAUGACGAUUAUGAAGAGGAUGACGAUGAAGAGCUUGAGGAUGAAAAUAAAAGUCUUGUAGUGUCGGUCCCUCUGGUAACAAGUACCGUUGCACCCACAACCAUGACUACUGCUUCCAUUUCCAUCCGGCUUAAGUUCCUUAAUGACACCGAGGAGUUGGCUGUUGUGGAACCAGAAGAUACUGUAGGACUGUUAAAGAGUAAAUAUUUCUCAGGUCGGGAGCAUCAAAUCAAGUUGAUCUACCAAGGCCAGUUGCUGCAGGAUCCUAAGAAAACCUUUUUAUCCCUAAAGAUUACACACAACAGUGUCAUCCACUGCCACAUCUCUCCAGCUCUGCCCGAGCCCAGCCCUGAGGAAGGGGAUGAGUCAGGAGCAGGAACGGGAGCCAGCUUCGGGGGACUCAGAGCCGCUGGUGUAGCCCUUAGCACCAGCAGCUUGGUGGUGCCCGUUUUCGUGGUUGUGCUUGCUGUGGUGUGGUACUUCCGCAUCAUCUACAGGCAGUUCUUCACCGCCCCUGCGACCAUCUCCCUUGUGGGAGUCACUGUGUUUUUCAGCUUUCUGAUAUUUGGUAUGCACAGCCGUUAAAAAGGCGCACAGUUAAAGAGUGGAAUGUUUUGAGGUAAAGAACCUUGGUAAAUGCACAGGCGUUUGUAGACAUGGACUAAUCGUAAAGGGCCAAUGCGGGCUGACGGGUAUGUUUGUUUGGUUAGGUUAUUAAUCUGUCUGUGCAUGUUCCUGAGUUUUUCAAAAGGGGUGAGUGUACAAUUUGUGAGGGUGAAUAAUCUGCAGCGAGUGAAGAUCUACUUUAAACAAAACCAUAAUUUAGCUUCUCUUUAAACGUGACUCAGUGGCUCACACCGUGUUUUAACUUUUUUUCUUUAACUCGUAACUUGUUAUGUUAGUCGAGUUUCUGUGUUUUAAGGGGGCGAAAAAUACGAUUGCAAAAAAAUCUCAAGUCUUUUGGAAUCACCUUUCUGUUGUGCCGAGUGUGACAGUUUGACUUUUUUACCUUAUCUUUUUUUUUUUGCAAUAUGUGAAUGAAUAAUGCUGUAUACAGCUGCCGCAGUGCUGUGAAAGGUCUAAUUCAGAAACAGGCUAAUUUAAAUGACCAGUUAUUCAAAGGAAACUUUUCAAGAGGAUAUUGUAAAUACAUUAUAUAUUUUCUGUAAAUAAAAAAAAGGAUGAUUCCGGUGAACUUGCAUCUGGCACUUAUGAGAUUUGGAGAGCUGAUAUUAUAAAAACCUCCUGAUAAUGCUGGACUGCUCUGGCUUCACUGAUGUCUCAGAUUAAAGCAUUUCAAACCAA